UCACGACAUCGCUGUGACGGGACGCGUUACUGCCACGCGAAUAUUGUGACCAGGCGCGUCGCUUUUGUCACGGUCGCCCAAUUCUCUUUGACCUCAACGACAAACAUUUCUUGCGGUAUCUAACCUGGACGCAUUGAAGAUACGAUAACACGACUGUCCUUUGGCGUAAACCGGACAUGCGCGGAUAUCUUAUUUCUGCUCUAUCUGACCCACAUUAAUCCACAUUUCGCCGAGCUCACCCACAUGUGUUUCGAGUCUACUCCUGCCAAGCCCUUCGUCACAUUUAUUUGGCUAGUAUCCAGCUUAGCUAGCCGGCGCUGAGGGCCUUUGUGGUUAGGGGUAACUAGACGAACACCGGGUCACUCGCCGGUGUCUUAAGCCUACCUUUCACCGUUACCGGUGGACCUGAAUUGACCAUUCACUAAUCACAACCAGAAACUGCAGGUUCAAGUAUUGCGAAACACCGACGCUGUUAAUUAGACUGCCUUGAGAUCACCAGGCCAUAGUCUUCUAGCCCCAUCAUACGGUCUCAAUAGAUACUAAGCACUGAGUACCCGGCGCUUUCUACCUGAACCCACUGAUCAUUCCGGCUCGGACUCUCCUCUCGUCCUAUGAUUGCUCGCUGCUCCUGAGCGUAUCAAUAGGGAUCGGAUGCAGGUGAUAUAAGACAGAACCAUCCAUCUUCAACUCCCUCGUCUACGAACAUCAUCGAGCAACGCUUUUGCAACAAUUUCCACUGGUCGCACUCGUCCCCUAUAGCUGCUAACUCCUGAUAUGUCUCUUCCACUCGUCAACAAAGUUGCUAUCGUUACUGGUGCCUCUAAAGGUAUCGGUGCCGCAAUAGCCAAACGUCUCGCAGCAGACGGCGCCACAGUUGUUAUCAACUAUGUUAACAGCGCCGACGUCGCCGACGAACUUGCUAACUCUAUCAACGCGCAGGGUCCUGGCAAGGCCAUUGCCAUCAAGGCCGAUGUGUCGAAGAUUGAGGGUGGCAAGAAGCUGUUGGAGGAUGCCAUAGAAAUCUUCGGGCAGUUGGAUAUUCUUGUGUUCAACGCUGGAUUGAUGAAGAACGAGGUACUUGCGAACGUGUCUGAAAAGGACUUUGACGAUCACAUAGACAUUAACGUCAAAGUUCCCUUGUUCGUUACCCAGUCUGCAGCGCGUUUCUUAAAGCCAGGUGCUCGUGUCAUGUUUUUCUCAACUGCCCUUACUCUCAACAGCGCCCCGCCACCCAACUACCUUCUCUACCUCACCUCCAAGGGCGCCGUCGAACACGUCGUCCGAGUCCUUGCCAAGGACCUUGGAGCAAAAGGCAUUACUGUGAACGCAAUUUGCCCUGGUCCUACUGACACGGAUUUAUUCCGUGAGGGAAAGACGGAACAGCUGAUUCAGUUCUUUGCGAACAUGCAUCCACAGAAGAGAAUUCCAUCUCCAGACGAGAUUGCUCCUAUUGUGGCAUUCCUUGCGCGGGAUGAAGCGGGCUGGAUCAAUGGACAGAAGCUGUAUGUUAAUGGCGUAAGUUUUCGGUAUGGGACUCGUUGCAUGGGGGAUGCUGAUAACGUGUUUGCUUCUAGGGUUUCAAUGUGUAACAGUGUUCGAGAUUCGAGGUCCUAUAAACUGCACUUUGUUGUUCAGUGUAAUCAUUGUAUACGUCUCUUAUAAUACCGUAGUUAAUUGAAAGUUCAUUUGAUGCAUUGUGUUUAGGGUAUUGGCGUAAGCACUCGUUCUACGGCUUGCGUCAGCAGGCGAUGAUUGUCGGACGUAUCGUAUGCCAGGCUAUCGUUCGGGGACCGCAAGGCCAGCUUGUGAACCCCUCUUAGUUAGGCGUGUCCUUGGUAAACGCCUUCCAUCUCACUGUCUGUCGGAACAGCAGCUCUCCAUAACUUCCUUGCGUCACAGUUUGCGGAAGCCGUCGUGUCUUGCAACACCCUCGGCAAGUUUUAAUGGAUGACCUCGUUCUCCUUAGUCCAUCGUACGAUAUAUAUAUAUAUGCGGUCUUGGUGAACACUG